AUGAAAGCAGCAUGGAAUUUUGUGGACAUGGCUAAAAGGAAUGCAGGGUAUCCAGAGAAGAUUAUAUGUCCUUGCAAAGAUUGUCGAAACUUAAGUCACCAUUGUAUUGAGGUUGUGUAUGAGCAUUUGGUCAUAAAGGGAAUGGAUGAAACUUAUACAAAUUGGUUUCAUCAUGGAGAACAACCAAAUGUUAGUGAUAAACCUGAUAUGGAAAUGUUAGGCUCAUACAAUUUAUUUAAAGCUGCAUGUGCACGAGAUGACAAUUAUGAAAAAUCUGUUGACGAAAGUGGGGAUGAGGAUUUUUUCAAAUUAUUGGAAGAUGCAGAAACUCCAUUAUAUUUAGGUUGUGAAAAAUACACAAAGUUGUCAGCAAUUGUAGCUCUUUACAAGCUCAAAGCUGUAAAUGAAUGGUCUGAUAAUAGUUUUAAUAAACUUCUGGAGAUGUUACAUGAUAUGUUACCAAUGGGAAAUGUCAUUCUAAAGUCUGUAUACUCUGUGAAAAAAUUUGUCAAAGCAUUUGAUUUAGGGUAUAAGAAGAUUCAUGCUUGUGUGAAUGAUUGCUGUUUGUUUAGAAAAGAGAAUGCUGAAAUGGAGAGUUGUCCAAAAUGUGAUUUUUCACGAUGGAAGGUCGAUCAAUACACCAAUAAAAUUAAAAAAGGUGUUCCUGCUAAAGUGCUAAGAUAUUUUCCUGUAAUCCCAAGGUUUAGGAGGAUGUUUAGGUUAUCACAAAUGGCUGAAGAUUUAAGGUGGCAUUCUGCUCAUAAAAAUAAAGAUAGCAAGAUGCGACACCCAGUUGAUUCUUGCUCAUGGGACUUGGUUAAUAAUAAGUGGCCACUCUUUUCAUCAGAUCCUCGCAAUCUGAGACUAGGUCUAGCGGCUGAUGGUUUCAAUCCAUUUCGUAAUUUGAGUUCUACGUACAGUUGUUGGCCCGUGAUGCUAGUUGCAUAUAACUUACCACCAUGGUUAUGUAUGAAAAGAGAAAAUGUUAUGUUGACAUUAUUGAUUCCAGGAAAAAAGCAACCACGUAAUGACAUUGAUGUAUAUUUACAACCACUUAUAGAAGACCUGAAAACUGUUUUCAAUUUGAGGGCAAUUUUAUUAUGGACAAUAAAUGACUUUCCAGCAUAUGGAAAUCUCUCUGGGUGUAGUACCAAGGGUAGAAUAGCAUGUCCUAUAUGUGGCAACAAUACAUAUUCAUAG